AUGAAUAUCGUCCCACAAGGCAACUUCAAAUCCCAGGUCUCUACAGAUCAAGACAAGACCGUUCUUUCGUCAGCAGUGCCCUCUUUGCCAGACACGUUGCGCCAACAAGGAGGUGGUGCAGUACCCCUUUCCACACAAUUGAAUGACCGACACCCGUUGGAAUCAACGUUGAAUCAUUGGGAAACCACACAACGCCAAAGACAAAUGGAACAGUAUCGACAGAUAUUCGGUAUUGCCGAGCCUAUUAAAAGGACGAUGGAGUUGGAAAUUGUCAAUAGAACUGAUUUCAACCCUCUUUCAACGAACAGUAGCAUGCACCAUGACAUAUUGUUGAACAAGGACUGCAGCAUUGAUUGGGAGGACGUCUACCCUGGCUCCGGCCUACAAGCCAGCACCAUGGUGGGCGAUGACGUUCAUAGCAAAAUCGAAAAACAACUGGGUCUUUGA